AUGGCUUCAUUCAAUCCCAGAAACCUCCUUCUCUUCGGCGCCACCGGAAACAUUGGCACACAUAUUUUGGACGCCAUUCUUACCGCACGGCAGGAAUUCGACCGGGUUGCUAUUUUCACUUCGCCGGCCACCGCGGCUUCCAAGAAAGACUUCCUAGAUAACUUGAAACGCAGCAAGAAUGUCGAGGUACUUGUAGGGGACUUACAGGAUGAAGAUGCUGUCAAAAAGGCUUAUGAAGGAAUUGACACCGUCAUUUCUGCAUUGGGCCGGGGCGCAAUAGCUUCCCAGAUCCCUCUCAUCCGCCUCGCCGAUGCCUCUCCCACUGUAAAAUGGUUCCUCCCCUCUGAAUAUGGCACAGAUAUCAAGUACUCCCCCGCUUCAGCGCAGGAAAAGCCGCAUCAACAGAAACUAAAGGUUCGGGCGUUCUUGGAGAAUGAGAACCCCAACGAAGGGAUUGUGUUCGAUUUAGCGUACACAUAUGUUGUGACAGGCCCGUAUUCCGACAUGUAUGUUCAUUUUGCCGGUAAUCCGGUAGCGGGUGGAUGGGACGUGAAGGCCAAGAAAGCGACACUGCUAGGAGAGGAUGGAAGCGCGAGAGUGAGUUUGACCACGAUGAAAGACGUUGGAACACUCGUGCUGGCGACGUUACGACACCCUUCCGUGGCUUUCAACCGCGCACUCAAGGUCAAUUCGUUCACUACCACACCGGCCGAGAUUCAUGCCGAGUUCGUGCGCCAGACCGGUGGUCAGUCGUGGCCUGAUGUCCAGUACACCUCGCUGCCCCAGUUGCGUGAAGCAGAGUCCGAGGCUUGGAAGGCAGGGAAACCUGAAGCGACGAUCCUGACGCUGAGACGGAUCUGGACCGAAGGAGGCACUCUCUACGAUCAACGAGACAACGCGUUAAUUGGCGAGCCGCCAGUGCAGACAUUGAAGGACGUUGUUGCACAGGCAAUCAAGCAAUCGUCUAAGUUGUAG